UGGCUCCGGGGAGGGGGCCCGGCAGUGCCCGUCCCGGGGAGGCGGCUGACGGGAGGCUGGCUGGGGUUGAGAAGGGAAAUGGCCAGAGAUGCGCUCAGUCAACGGGCAGGGUCCAAGUGGGGCUACAGGAGUUGGCGGUGGGCCAGGGCUGGUCACUGUGCCUGGGGUGGCACCGUAAAAGCCAGUGGAAGUAAGCUCUCCAAGACUCGGUUUGGAGUUUUAGAAAGCAGGCACUUUAUCCAAAGCUUUGGCAAUGGAGACACACGGGGGUAGUUCCUCUGAAGUGUGUCUUAUCACACUAAGACAGCUAUGUAAAGUGGUUUACGUAGUUGUCAUGUUCUUCGGGAAGUAACACAGGUAAUUAGCUACAUACUCCUCAUCCCCUUGCACGUGCUCCACAAUUUGAGUCGGAAGUCUUUUUGGAGUCUCUUGGUGGUCGUUUGGAAGUGUCCACUGUUUAACCCUGAAGUAGUUGAUCUAUAUGGUUCACCUUAAAAGGAGUUGUUUUUCACCAAGACUUUGCUAGUUGCAGAUGUACCUUUUUUCUGAGUUAUCUGUUACCUCCUCCCCUUAUCUUCGCUUCCUUCUAUCUUCAGGGUUAGCACGUGAGUACUUAUUUAUGUCUUCCUACUGACUGCAGUGUUUCCAAUGUGUACACAUCUGCAUGCUAGAUAAGUGUCUUGCCUCAAUUCCCCUUAACUCAAAGGGCUACAUGACAGUCCUCACUGUUUAAUUCUUGUCUUGGCGUGGCCACUGUUCCUGGGGUCCUCGAUAGUGGGUGCUGGUCCUUCUUGAACCCAGUGUUAGUGACUGCUUUGGUGUUCUGCUUCCCCUUGCAAAGCUUAGAGGUCUCCAUGGCAAUACUGAGGAGGUGGAAGGGAGGGGCUGUGUCACUGUAAUCGGGAAUAAACUCCUUUGUGCUGCUGUAGCAUUAAGAAGCAGGCAGGGUUAUGGUGACCCUGAAAACAGCUCAAGGCCACUACAUGAAGGAGUGAAACUUAUGUUUUCACUUGGUCUCUGAUACCCACUAAGUUUUGUGGUUGGUCGUUCCAGUUUUGUGGCAGAGCUGCCACUCCCCCCUGCUUGUUCCUGAAAAGCUGGUAAACAUUAACUGAGAGUGAAGAUAAAGCUGAAGCUUUGCUGCCUGGGGCCCUCAAGAGACUGAAGAGAUGGGGACUUGUGGUAGAAUACAGUGAGGCUCUUCUGCUAGAAAAGCCCAGAUCCUUGGGGCAUCAUUGUCCUUCCCUUCACCUCUGCGUGCUGCAAGAGGCUGAGGAACACUGAAUUACCUUGAGCCUCCAAGCAAUGUCUUGCAGAUUGUCAUAGUCUGGGGUAAUGGGCUGCCAAAGGGUCCAUCUGCAGCCCCUCAGGGUUAGAUGACCAGUGCCUAUGCACAUUAAAUGAGAUCCUGGUUCUUCCUGGGUCAGCCAGGAAAACAGCAGCUACCCCUGGAAUUGCCCCAUCUCCUUCCACCGUGGCCCAGGUCUGUGGGCUGUGGAAUGAGCCCUGGGCUCUGCAACUCUGUUGUGGUGGUUCUCUGCUGUCAGAGGUUGAUUUUCAUCCCCAGUAGAGCCCUGAGGGGUUAUUCAUAUAAAGCCUCUGGAUCAUCUGGGCAAAUGUAGAUGCUACUGUUUAUCAAAGCUGAACGUCCUGUCUCUCUCUGAGCUGCUGAAGCAAGAGUGCCCAGAGGAAAGACCGGCACAGUUUUGCACUGGACAACGAGUGAGAAAUCUUAACUAUGGGUGGAAACCUUUCACUGUUCUCAAAAACACCUGACCAAAAGGAGAUCUUGCCCAGGAAACGGAAUGCUCAAAAUGCUGUCACCAAUUAUGCUAGUGUUGCCAGCUGUGCGGAGUCCCGUGUGCCCUGUGUGUGCGUUGCACGUCGAAGCUAUGUCAACUGUCCAACGUGUUGGGGAACAGGAAAGAUCCCUAGGGAGCAAGAGAAGCAGCUGGUGGCUCUGAUUCCAUAUGGUGACCAGAGGCUGAAGCCUAGACGAACGAAAUUGUAUGUGUUUCUUGCUGUGACAAUAUGCCUGCUGACAACAUCCCUUGGUACUUUCUUCCUGUUUCCUCGCUCCAUUAUUGUGCUGCCUGCAGGGCUGAAUUCCUCCUCUGCUGCCUUUGAUGCCACAGCCACCAGUAUAUACCUUAACAUGACGAAUGUGUUGAACAUAACUAAUAAGAACUUCUACGUGGUCACUGUUGAGAAGCUAGACGCAAAGGUUUUGCACCAGUCUCUAGUAGUAGGGAAGACCACCAUGAAAAGCCUACUGAAUAUCAGUCCUUUGCAAGCUGCCCAGACCUAUUAUACAGUGCCCAGCAAGAUAUUGGAUGAGAACACCUAUAACAUUUGCACCUGGAAAAAAGUUAGAGUUCACAAUGUUCUCCUGCAUAUACAGGGUACCCUGACCUGCACAUACCUAUCUUAUUCAGAGCAGCUGGCUUUUGAAGACUACCAGUACGUGGACUGCCGGGGGAAUGCCACACGGCCUCACCUAUUGCAGCACUUCUUGCCGUGACAGGGCCAUGCUGGCAGAACUUUUGGGUACAGCAUGUUCCACCACUAAUGCAGGUCAUAAGGAGACAAACUUCUGGAUCUUCUCAGUCUAUGCCUUAGACCAAAGGCUCAGUGUUUCCUGGGUAAGACUUUUAUCUCUCAUGCAAAGAUGGUAACAUACUUGUCUUUAUGGACUCUGCUGCCCUCAGACUGUAGCUUCUUUUCUUCAGUGCCUUAUCACAGCUGGCACUUCAGCAGAGUGAACAGUGUAUGAGGCGUCUCUGUGUAGCUGAUGGGAGUGGGCAACACUCCUGCUGCUUUGGAGGUAGUGCCCUGUUAAAUCAGGCUAAUUCUAGUUGAUUUCUCCUUGCCUAACUUUGCACUUCUGUCUUGAAUUUAAGUAUUUCAUAACUUUAAAAAGCAGGACUUUUUGGCUGGAUUGCAUCUGCAUCACCAGAAUCUAAUGACACUUGCACAACUAAAGUAAGAAGCAGGACUGAUGUCUUAAGUAAAAUGGGUGCAUGUUGUGCCAAAACACCUUGUGAGAAUGACUCUUGGGAGACUGCUGUUUUAAAGUGUUCAGUAUAGCAGGUGAGAAUAUGCGGUUUUGUUUAGAUAUACUUUUAAAACAAGCUCAUCCACUACCUUUUCCUUAACAGCAUAUUUCUCAGCAAGAAGAAAGUCUGUUUUGUGUGUAGUGAGGCAAAAAGGUGACUGCUCUUCUGCCAAUGGUAUUUGGUUGCCAGCAUGUGCUGUUUGUUGUAUUGUUUUCUUACAUGCUUUGGCAUUUAGUGCUUUCAACUUAAACAAGCAUGAGAGACUGCGAAGAGCUUAGUUUGCACAAACAUCAGGAAACAUGUUUUGGGGGAUGUGAUUUUUAUUUGUUGUGUGUGUUUUUUUGUUGUGUUUUUGUUUGUCUAAAACCAACAGAUUUUACAGGAGGAGCAACUCUCGCAGCCUUCUCUCUUACAAGAGCUGACAGUUGUGUUCCUCCUAGUGAUAGAAACAUUAAACUUGACGAAUAAAAGUUGCUAGUUUAGCUGCUGCCUGAUGUGUUUUAGAUGGUAAAAUAAGAACCUGUUUGUUGCUGCACUAAAAUUGUUAUUCAUCAGUUCAGUAUUUUUAUGCAUCUGUCCCACCAAAGCAUGGAAUCAAAAACAUCAGAAAUGGUUGAAGACUAUUGAAAGUCUUUGAUCCUGUCUGCAAAAUACGUUUGCUUAACCAGUACCUCUCACAGAGCUGUUGCAGUGUUACUCCUCACUGUAUCAUUCACUGACAUCAUACUGAAAUGGUAACUCAUCAACUUCCUCCCUGAAGCUCCAUGUCCUGUGCUGAAAUCCUCCCUGCUCAUCAUCUCUCUCCAGUGCUUUUUGUAUUUGCCAAAUUGUUGAUUCCACUGUGCAUUUUACUCCCCUGCUGUUGAGUUUCCAGCUGUGUGUUUUAUGCUGCUCUUAUCCGCUGUACCGUUAUAAUCUGUUCACAAAUAAAGGGCCUUGU